AUGAUCACGGCUUUCUCCAACGUUACAUGUGUCCAAAGGGAGCAACAAUCACUACUUCUAUUCAGGCAAGGCCUCAAGGACGAAUCACGGCGUCUGUCAACAUGGACCGGACUAAAUUGUUGUGAGUGGCAUGGAGUUGGGUGUGACAGGAAAAGUGGUCAUGUUGUCAAACUUGAUCUUCGAUCUCCCUUGUCUUUCAUAGACGAAUAUACUUUAAACACAAGUAAUUGGCUCGAAGGUAAGGUAAGUCCUUCCUUACUCAACUUAAAGCAUUUGCGUUACUUAGACCUGAGCAUGAACAAUUUCUUAGGACAACAUAUUCCUGAGUUCUUUGGGUCUUUCAAGUAUUUGGAAUACCUUAACCUCUCUUACUCGGGUUUUAGUGGUGUAGUCCCUCCUCAUCUAGGAAAUCUCUCGAGGUUACAGUAUCUCGAUCUUAAUCUCCUAGACAGGGAUGACAUGUUAUCUCUCCCUUAUAAUGUUUCUUUGAUGGUCAAGGAUGAUUUGCGGUGGGUGUCUUUGUUGUCGUCUUUAAGACACUUGGAUUUAUGGUUCCAUCCGGUUAACAGGUUACCUUCUUUGCUUACACUGAACUUGGCCUCGUGUGAUAUCAAUUUUCCCUCCAUAAAAUUCAUCAACUUCACUUCUCUUAAUUCACUUGAUCUUUAUGGAAACAACAUAAAUUCGACCAUUCCUGUUUGGUUAUCAAACCUUACCGGCCUCGUGAAUUUGAACCUUAAGAAAAACAACUUUCAUGGCCGAAUACCUGAUUUUAUUGGCACCUUGAGCUUUCUUUUUUCCAUCAAACUUUCAUUUAAUCAAUUGUCCGGUCAAAUACCUCCCUCACUUACUCGCCUAUCAUCUCUAAGAUAUUUGUCUCUUGGUUUUAAUCAACUAAAUGAGAGCAUACCUGAAAGCAUUGGACUACUCACGAGGCUUCAAGUGCUCAAUUUUGGUAGUAACCAAUUGAGUGGACGCAUACCUGAAAGCAUUGGACUACUCACGAGGCUAGAAGGACUCUUUCUUGGUGUUAAUCAAUUGAGUGGGAGUAUACCUGAAAGCAUUGGACUACUCAAGAGACUACAAUAUCUCUAUCUUCCUGAUAAUCGAUUAAGUGGGAGCAUACCUGAAAGCAUUGCACUACUCACGAGGCUACAAGUGCUGGAUCUUGAAAUUAACCAAUUGAGUGGUAGCAUUCCCACUAAUCUUGGUCAGUUGUUAAACCUACAAGUACUCUAUCUUGAUAGAAAUCAAUUGAGUGGGAACAUUCCAACUAGUCUUGGUCAACUUUCAAACCUAGAAUUACUCUAUCUUAAUGGUAAUCAAUUGAAUGGGAGCAUUCCCACUAGUCUUGGUCAGCUUUCAAACCUGCAAUACCUUUAUCUUUCUAGUAAUCAUUUGAGUGGGAACAUUCCCACUAGUCUUCGUGAACUUUCAAACCUCCUAGACCUUUCUCUUUAUAAUAAUCAAUUGAGUGGGGACAUUCCUACUAGUCUUGGUCAGCUUUCAAACCUCCAAAACCUUUCUCUUCAGAGUAAUCAAUUGGGUGGGAACAUUCCCACUAGUUUUGGUCAGCUUUCAAACCUCCGCCGCCUAGAUGUAACUAAAAACUUAUUGGACGGGGUUUGUUUCUGAAGUUCACUUCACUAAACUCAAUAAAUUAACUGAGUUGUACUUGUCUGACAAUUCAUUAACUUCACAAUUCAUUAACUUUGAAUGUCAGCCCUCAUUGGAUUCCUCCCUUCCAAUUGAAUCAUUUUGGUGCAAGCUCCUGCAACAUCGGACCCCAAUUCCCGGAAUGGCUUCAAACACAAACAAAUCUUCAAUGGUUAGGUCUUUUCGACAACCAGCUUAGUGGAAAUUUGCCACGAAUAAGGAACCCAGGUGUCGAGAUUGUUAAUCUUGGAAAAAAUCACUUUAUCGGAAGUGUUCCAACACACUUAUGUGAGUUGCUUAGUAUAAAACUACUGGAUUUAUCCGAUAAUAACUUAUCUGGGGUUCUUCCCGAGUGCUUAGGGAGUUUGAUUCAAUUAGAAGUGAUUGAUCUUACAAAUAACGGGUUAACAGGUGAUGUUCCAAAUUCGUUAGGUUCUCUAUCAUCUCUUCAAUCAUUACACUUGAGCAACAACAAAUUUAAGGGGAAUCUCUCGAUGGCCUUACAGAACUUGAAUAGCUUAGUUACCUUGGAUUUAGGAAACAAUUUGUUGACGGGUAAUAUCCCUGCUUGGAUUGGAAAAAGGUUAUCAAAGCUUAAAAUCUUGAAUCUCGAGUCAAAUAAUUUCACGGGUACGAUUCCACUAGAACUCUGUCAAAAUAAUGCUCUUCAACUUUUAAACUUGGCAAAUAAUAGCAUAACUGGCAUGAUCCCUCGUUGCUUUCAUAAUUUAACUGGUAUGAUCAAUACUAGUGUUUACUUUGAAUACACUGACACUGGAUAUGAAGAAAAUGUUGAAGCUUACAUAAAAGGCAUUCAAUUGAAGUACACAAAGACCGUUGGGUUUCUUAUAUCCUUGGACCUUUCAAGCAACAAAAUUAUUGGCAAAAUUCCUGAAGAUGUUUUAAGGAACCUCGUGGCGUUGAAAAAUUUGAAUCUUUCUAGAAAUUUACUAAGUGGACAAAUUCCGACAACAAUUGGAAAUUUAAAGCAAAUGGAAUCUUUAGAUUUGUCGACGAAUAAGUUGUUUGGUCCAAUACCUUCAAGUUUAGCCGACUUAGACUUUCUAAGCUACUUGAACCUGUCCUUUAAUAACUUAAGUGGCCCAAUUCCAGUUGGAAAUCAUCUUCAAACUUUAGGAGAUCCAUCUACGAUUUAUGAAGGGAACACCGAGCUAUGUGGGCCCUCACUAUCAAGGAGUUGCAAAGAAAAAAAACUAUGGUAUGGUUAUGCCGGUGAGGAUGAAGGUAAAUAUGGUUCACAAGGUUGUUGGUGGUUUUAUGCUGGUAUGGUUUCAGGUUUCGUUGUGGGUUUUAUGGGAUUUAUAGGUAGCUUGUACUUUAUUAUGAUUUGGAGGGUAACUUACUUUGAGAUGAUAGAAAAUGUUUACGCUUUCUAAUGAUUUCAAUUAUAGCGACUCUUCCCUAACUAAGGACGAAGAUUUUCUAAUGAGGUACAAAGCUGCGAUAGGGUUGUUCUGGAUUUCUGGUUGCCAAAAAAGAAGGUGAAGUUGCUCCAAGACUAUGCUAGAAGAUUUUUAAGUUGUGUGUAGGGAAAGUAGCUUUUUGAUGUUUAUUAUUGUGUUCAAUAUAUAGGGGAAUUUAUAUUUCAACAUUGUGUUUACUAUAACGAAAGCGCGUGUAAAAUACAAUCAGUGUGGCUUUCUGUGAUGUGUUUGGCGAAACCGUCCACUCCUGGAGUAUACAUAUAUGGACGUUUAAUAUUAAAUUUUUAGGAUAUAAUGUGAUGUCGUAAAGCGAUAGAAAUUUGUUAA